AGGCCAGGUCGGCGCGGGGCACCCAGGCGUCCUGGUCGCCGCGUCGCACGAACUGCGCCCGCUGCUUGUAGACGGCCUGCACGCGCACGGCCAGCCGCCGCCAUGCCGGGCCUGCCGCCUCAGACGCUAGCACCUGCGCCCGAAGAACUGUGGGGAGGGGAGAUGUCAGCUCAGGUCAUGGGGAGCUUCCAGGGUACCUCUGGGUCCCGUGGGGUCAGUCACAGUGGGCAGAAGCCCGAGAUCGGUGGGUGAGCUUCUGGUAUUGCAGUGGGGAGAGAAACCUUGAACUUUUGAGAGUUUGACCCUAAAUCGUGAGGGGUGGGGCCCGCUGGAGGAAACACCUUUGAGACAAGGAGUUAAACUACAGUAGGUGGUGCUGGGGACAGGGCAGAAGACGCAGGUCCAGGGUCUCUAAUACAGUGGGGUCAGAAGGUAUCAAUUGUGGAAUUCUUGGGAAGGAGGGGUCACAUUACUGGGAAGGGGCUCUGGGAUACAUUUGGAGGACCAGAAGGAAGAGAUUGGUCCUUGGAAUGUGAGGGCUGAGGUCAUACUGAUAGUGAUUCAGAAAAACAUAAUUUUUUUUUUUUUUUGAGACGGAAUCUUACUGUAUCGCCCAGUCGGGAGUGCAGUUGUGUGAUCUCAACUAACUGCAGCCUCCGCCUCCUGGGUUAAAGUGAUUCUUGUGCCUCAGCUUCCUGAGUAGCUGGGUUUACAGGAUCCUGGCACCGCGCCCUUUUGUAUUUUUAGUGGAGACGGAGUUUCACCAUGUUGGCCAGUCUGGUCUCGAACUUCUGACCUCAAGUGAUCCGCCCAUCUCGGCCCCCAUAAAGUGCUGGGAUUAUUGGCGUGAGCCACCGUGCCUGGCCAGAGACAUGUGCUUUCUGAGAGGCUGGGUGGAACUCUGACUAGCCAGCUGGGUCUGCGGGGCAGGAGAUCCCUGCGGAAGGUGGGGAAAAGCUUUCCACCUUUGAAGGCCUAGAACACUAGUGACCAGAUGAGGAUCCUGAGGGAGAAGAAGUCUGCGGUCCUAUACAUUGAGAGAAAUAGCUGGCGUUGGUCUAGAUUUGUUGGCUGGGCCGAACUCCUGAGUGUCUUAAGAGAGCUGAAUAGCCUGAGGUCAUAGACCCCAGGGUCAUGGAGCCCAUGUGGACUGGGGAUUAGGGAACUGUGAGAUAAGUCUUUAUAGGGAUUGGGACUAAGGCUCAAAUAUCUGGGACCAUGAAGGGAAGCAGCAAGGGUCUCUGAGAUAGGGUGGACAGGGCAAGAGCUCAUUCCACUCAACCAGUUCCCCUAUCUCUUCCAUCCCUCAGAGAUGUCAGGCUGAAGGGGAUGAUGAAACUCUGCAAGCCCAAGAACAUAGUGAAAGAGGAGACACAGGAAGCAUUGUCAGUCUCCUACCCGGGUUUGGAGGGCACUGCCCUGCUCAGUCUGGGAGAAUGUGGUGACCCUCAGGAGGACAGCCUCCCCAGCGCCCAGGCCCUGUCCAGGCCCAGGAUGAAGGCCGCCUCAUCCUCAGGCCAGGGACCCCUGCCAGCCAGGCCACCCGCAACGGUGUGGGACGUGAGCGCCGUUGCCCCUGGCGGUCCAGCAGCAGGACAGCCCCGAGCAGCCUGGCCUAGGAGGCUCACCGCAGCCAUCAAGGGAUUCUGGACCACCUGCCCUUCCUUCUCCACCUUCUACUUCCUCUUUGCCAUUUUUGUAGUGUCCACCAUCUUUCACUGCCACCAGCGCCUGGCUCUGGUGCCCGCGCCCUGGGCAUACUCAGCCCAUGUGGUCCUGGCACCGAGACACCUCCCCCGAGAGGGGCUGUUCACUAUCAACUCCAAGGGCCGCCUGGGGAACCAGAUGGGUGAGUACGCCACACUGUAUGCCCUGGCCAAGAUGAACGGGCGGCCUGCCUUCAUCCCAGUCCAGAUGCAUAGCACCCUGGCCCCCAUCUUCAGAAUCACCCUGCCAGUGCUGCACAGCGCCACGGCCAGCAGGAUCCCCUGGCAGAACUACCACCUGAACAACUGGAUGGAGGAGAAGUACCGCCACAUCCCUGGGCGCUAUGUCCGCCUCACGGGCUACCCCUGCUCCUGGACCUUCUACCACCACCUCCGCCACGAGAUCCUCCAGGAAUUCACCCUGCAUGACCACGUGCGUGAGGAGGCCCAGAAGUUCCUGCGGGGCCUGCAGGCCAAGUGGGCAGGGCAGGCGACCUUCGUGGGGGUCCAUGUGCGCCGGGGGGACUAUGUCCAUGUCAUGCCGCGUGUAUGGAAGGGGGUGCUGGCCGACCGGGGCUACCUGCAGCGGGCCCUGGACUGGUUCCGGGCCCGCUGCCGCCUCCCGGUCUUUGUGGUCACCAGCGAUGACAUGGCCUGGUGCCGGGACAGCAUCAACAACUCCGUUGGGGACGUGGUGUUCGCUGGCAAUGGCCUCCAGGGCUCACCUGCCAAGGACUUCGCGCUGCUCACACAGUGCAACCACACCAUCAUCACUGUGGGCACCUUCGGGGUCUGGGCCGCCUACCUCGCAGGUGGGGACACCGUCUACCUGGCCAACUUCACCCUGCCCAACUCCCCCUUCAACAUGGUCUUUAGGCCGCAAGCGGUCUUCCUGCCAGAGUGGGUGGGCAUUGCGGCUGACCUUGGACAGGCUGGACAGAAUGGCCUCUAGCUAGCCCUGCAUGUGCCUGGCCCUCAUCCUCUGACCCAAGGGGCAGUGAGUGGGGCGUGCGGGGCAUGGACUCACGGUCCCUCACACAGUUUGGAUCCAGGCUUAUCUACUUCACAGCUGAGUGAGUUUGGACAAUUGACUCAACCUCUGUGCCUUAGUAUAUUAACCACAAAAUGCACAAACCUCAGAAUUAAACACCGGGAGCAGCUGGUAGGAGCUAAGCAAAUUCGCUUAGAGCCAGUGCCUUGUGACCGCGUGGGAGGCGUUGGCUGCUGACAUGUAUGCAGCACGCCGAACAUUGGCAUCGCUUUACAAUGGAAAUGCAGUUUUGCCCUCUCCUUCCUGGCAGCACUGGUAGCACAGAGCCCAGAUAUUUUGCACUCACAUCCCGGGACGAAGCCAUCCCUGCACUAAAGGACAGGGGAACUCGAUUUUCUGGGCAACUAGGAAUUUUGGCUUUGGAGUUAGUGGGCCUUAUCAUGAAAGAAUGUGGGGGAAGGGCUGGGCGUGGUGGCUCAUGCCUGUAAUCCCAGCACUUUGGGAGGCUGAGACUGGUAGAUCACUUGAGGUCAGGAGUUCGAGACCAGCCUGGCCAACAUGGUGAAACACCGUCUCUACUAAAAAUACAAAAAUUAGCCAGGCGUGGUGACACAUGCCUGUAACCCCAGCUACUCGGGAGGCUGAGGCAGGAGAAUUGCUUAAACCUGGGAGGCGGAGGUUGCAGUGAGCUGAGAUCGUGCCAUGGCACUCCAGCCUGGGCACCAAGAGAGAAACUCUGUCUCAAAAAAGAAAAAGAAAAAGAAAACCCCCAAAGCUGGUGAUGAGCAGCUUCCCAAUAAGCUCUUGGGAGUUGGGUGAAUGGGUACAAGCAUGUGCACUAAGAGGCAAAAUAGCAGUUUAACUGAUACAUGAUCUCCUGGGGAUAUUCAGUGGGUAAGGGAAGAGCACCUCAAGUGACACAGUGAGACUCUGUCUCAAAGGAAAAAAAAAAAAAAAGCAGGAGGAGGGCUGAGUGCGAUGGCUGUUACGCCCAGGCUGGAGUGCAGGGCGCCAUCUCAGUUCACUGCAACCUCCGCCUCCUGGGUUCAAGCAAUCCUCCCACCUCAGCC